AUGCCGUCGAGCAGAGGUGACGCAGGAACGAGCGCCGUGCGCAGUCGGCCGCUGCUGCAUUACAAGGACUUGGGACUGCGCACACAGAACCGCAAAGUCCAAUUCACCUGCGUGCACGCGUCCGAGAACUUUCUCGCUUGUGGUGCUAACAAUGGCAGUGUCUACUUGUACGCAACGUCUGCGCUCGGCCGCAGUGAGCUCGACAGUCGCGUGUCGCUGGCAAAGUACCACUUGGUCAAGAUGAUUACGCCACCGAGCAACGACCGCGUUGCUGUCGCGUGUCUCAGCAUCUGUCCCCAGCAAAAGCGUCUUGUUGUUGGUACCAAACGCGGCGUCGUGUACGCGCUGCAGCUCGCCGAGUACCACAAAAUUGGCGAAAAGAUCGAGUUCUCGCACGACUUUCACAAAGGGUUUCCGAUCACCUGCUUCUUAUGGGACAAGCGUGGCGCCCGACUCAUUUCGGCCUGUAACGCUGGACUAGUGUGUCAGACGGUGCUGCGUGCUGGCAUGUCAGCACUCUUUGGUAGCACUGAUACCGAGUUGCUGCUGAAAGAAGAGACGGGGAUCGUGCAGCUAGACUUGGCAAGAAGCGGGUCGUCGCAUAUCCUGAUGGUGUCGUCGCAACUACGUGUGUUGCUGUUGAAUCUGUCUUUUGAGCACGAAAGUGCGGUCCAAAUUGGCACAAAGGCCCGACAAGGCGCAUAUGGUGCUUGUUUCUUCACGAGCCUCAAUGUGGAGUCAAUUGAUCCGGCCAAAAAACGCGAAAUCAAAGUGUUCUCCUCGCGACCAGGACGACGCGUGUGGGUUGCAGACCCGCUGUCCGGUACGGUGUCAUCGACGUUGAAGUUUUCGCUGACGAAGAGCCCUACGCAAUUCUUGCAAAGCCCGAAGUGUGCUAUGGAAGAAGAUAUCCAACCGCGAGAUUUGUCCAUCAAUAAGCUUGGUCGCUUCCAGUUUUUGCAAGACCCUUCUUACGCACCGCAAGACGUCAAAGAUGCGACCACGUUGCUAGUGAGUUGGAAUAUUGGAUCACGAGUGUUGUUCUUUCUCGACCCUCUCAGCGUAGAAAUCGUCGAGUGGCACUUGGAUCUAGGUACCAUCCACGACUUGAGGGUCGUAAACGAGACCACGCUGGUAGUGCUUCACGGCGACGUCCCGAAAGUGUCGUUGAUCCAGUCCUGUUCAGCUGACCAGUUUCUGCAGAUUUACGGCUCGGGCGAUAUCAAGAAGGCUGUCGAGCUUGCAGUCGAGUUCAACUUCAACGACGCUGCCGUCGUGAAUUCCCUGCAUACUCAGUGGCUGGCUUACCUUGAGAGAAUUGACACCGGAUCCGGGGAGCAUGAAGAGUUGACAAAGGCCCUGAAGAUGCUCAUGGAGCAGACAAAAGCGCUUGAAGAGGAGUAUAGGAUGGCUGUGCAAGGUAUUCUACCAACAACGAAUGAGCUGGAUCUGGAGCCUUUGCAAGUUAUCUACAAGCAGCGCCCGCAGCAAGCAAUAGCAGUGACUAGUGCCUCUUCGUCUGGUCUAUUUGCCGACCAGGAUGAGUCACAGGACACGGAAGUGACGUUGGCCACGAGCAGCACUUUGCACAAGCCGAUUGAGUACUUCGAUGUACUUGCUCCGUCUACCCAGUCGUACUCUAAGGGUGUUUGUACACCCGAUGGUUCCGUUUUGGAGGCUAGACUGAUGAAUAUUCCAGAACUGCCACCGGCAAACGCUGUACUUGAUGAUGAUCUUCGUGAAAACUACAUCGGAGAAAUUAUGGAGGACGUCAAGCGAUCCGAGCAAUUGCGAAGUGAGGAAGGUACUAUGAACAUGAAUCUUUUGCCGACAAUAAGAGUUGGGUCGACGGCAGCAGUGAAGGCGUUUUCGACGUUCAUCCCAGGUAGUAGCAUGCUCACGCACCUAAUGGAUGGAUCUGGGAUCACAGCUCCAUUCGGCCGCUCGGAUGCGUCGGGCCUUUUCAGUGCUUUCCCCGACUUUGGUGAUGAAGAGCUGGUAAUCGACCCGGACCCACGCCUGCUUCAGCCAAGACACUCUCAUCGCUACAAACUAGAUGCUGACGCAAACGAAUGUUCCGUGUUGCGAAUCGCUAUGUCUACGAUCGGAGAAGCGGAUGAAAGUAAUGUGGAUACCGAAGUUCUUUUGGAAGCGAUCGCGAUGGAUAUUUGGGAUUCGGACCUCAAAUAUACAUCGAACUUACCGAUUAGUGAGCAACUGAACCUCCCAAAGAAUGCAGUAGAUGGAGACUCUGUGGAUGAGUGCGUGCUCGUUGGAGCAGAUGGGCAGGCGGGGAGGCAAACACAUAACGCAGAAGAUGAACAAAAGAUUUUACCGCGCAAAGAAGGAUUGGAGUCGGUCGAGCGUUCACUCACGCAAAUGCCAGUCGUAGCAGCAUCGUCAGACGAAACCUGCACCCCGAUCGAUAAACCGCGUCAGGUCCUUGUGCAACGAGCAUCGAUGUCUACCGACGAAGUACGUGCCACUCAGCGCGCGAUUCAGAAACACUUUGGAGCAGCACCGAGCUGUGAGGUCAUGUUCAGAUGUAUAGUUAGUGGCCGGAUCGCUGCAUCGUCAGAGUUGGAACCCACCAUUCGACGCGAUAUGAGCGAACUGACAUCAGAGCUCCACGCGGCUUCUGCUACAGCCGAAAAAACAAAGCAUCUCGCGCGAAGAUUGUGGCCGGCGUCUGGGAUCACACGAGUGUGCGCCUGCCUUACGAGUUCGUACUUGCUGCAGGGUGACAUGGCUCUCGUACGGACGACAAUAAAAGCGUGGUUGAACUGCUUUGACCCCACUGCACAACAUGAUGACGCCGACGAUUGUAUGGAAGAUAAUAGCAUGCGCCCCAAUGCGGUGGUAUCGGGUGGAUUUGCCCGCGGCGAGGCGCUCGUAGACGGAGAUGGCUUACCGCUCACAAGAGGAGACUGGAACUUGGUGCGAGCGUUAGUAUCGGUAUAUUUUGCUGCCUGGGCCGCAGGAUCGAAGUUGCAUCUCCAUCCUGUGAACCCGAAAGCUGAAGCUCAUGGCAAGGUGUAUCGAUUGUACGAAAGUGAGAUGGGUAUUGCUUUCGUACUGGAACCGCGCUACAAUUGGGACGACGGUGCAGAGGACUUUCCGACUUACUUAGCCACAGCAGCUGAAGCUGAGGCCUUUGUUAGCAAGUACGGCGUGUACAUUAAUCCGGAGCUAGCCGCUGAAGUCUGCAAUCUACGUCGAUUCACUGGGGCACUGACAACUGUGCUGGACGACGUCGUAUCGAGCGCUGACAUGGCAGACAUUUGUAACGAGAUUGUGGAAUGGAUCUCAGAGGAGGAGGCUGACAAGGCUAUUGCGGCACUAAAAGAGCACGACUCGUUGUGCCUGCUACUCCACCUACUCGACCUGUUAUUGAAGAAGUGUCCGCAAGACACAAUUGACAUAUGCGUAUGCGAGUACCCCGUGUUGUAUCCGUGGAACAUCGAGCGAGCUCUGUUUGGGACUGAACUCGACUGGGAAGCACUUGUUGGAGAGCUAGAUGGUGUGCAUGACAUGAUGCUACCAAACGCUGUAGCCCAGACAUCCAGGUACCUUCGGUAUCUUGUACGGCUUCUUGAGAAAAAAGGCGACGAAGCUGGCAAAGAUGCACAAGUGGUAAGUCGCUGUUUGGACUUAUGCUUCGCAGGCAGCGCCGUGGUGGGAGACCUGUUUGAUCACAAGGAAAGGCAUGGCCGCCUUGAGUGGAUUGCGGCGCUUGUCCGCCAACCUAGUCGGUAUGUUUACGACCACACAAAGUGCUGGAGCAUGUUCACGGAACACAAUGCGCUUCUUCCUCUCCUGGAGUUGACGAUGUUGUCGUUGCACGAUGUGACGGCGUUUGACCGAGGAUUUGCUGAGCUGUCUGAGCUAGUGGCAUUGCUUACGAAGAGCGAGGAACUGCUCGCGUUCGACGAACUGUUUGCUAGGGUGGCAGUACUGCCACACCAGUCCGAGAGAUGUCUGUGCGAGAUUUUACACCAGAUUCAAGCGUCCGUGUCCAGUGAGAAUCGCAACGAGCCGUUGUGCUCUGCGACCGUUCACGCACUGUUGAACUGUGUAAAUCUUGACUAUGGCAUGCGCCUCCUUGGCCAAUUUCCUUUGGUGUUUACUGCCAUACCACUGCAAACGUAUUGUACCAUUGUUGAGACACAUGUGCUCACCGAGCGCCAGAAGCACGAAAUCGUGCAAAUGCUGGAGAUUGUGGACUCAAACGUGUGGGCGUCGUAUAAGGAAGACGUGUCAGCCACGAGUUCAGUGUCUUUUGCGCCCCAGCUUGCUGCUGUUCUGCAGCUUGAGAUGGAUGCGCUUGUUCCAGCGUUAGAUCGAGAGCAGUAUGAGAUGUGGGAAAGCAAGUGCAAGCAGUAUAGUGAUGAGAGGACAAGUCAUCGAUCGAGACAGGUUGAAGAUGUAGGAUUCGACAACGACAGGCUGCUGCGUACGCUGACGAGCGACCGUCUUGGUGAGAAGCGCCUUGCUGCAUCAGGUACGGCGCCGAUGGCUUGUCGGUCUUUCGAGUACCGGAAUAGCGACUGGGGAGGUGAAGUGCAACUGCAUGAUUCCACGUGCGCAGCUUGUGAGCUUCCAGUGGUGCUUGUCCAAGAUGACAACCGCAACUUGGACGUGGUAUUGCUGCCAUGUGGACACGCUUUCCACGACCUUUGUUUGGAUGACAGAUCGUGUCCAACUUGCUUGGAAGCAAACUUGGAGACUCUGAUCUGGUGUUGA